AUGAUCAAGCAAAGUGAUUCGGGGUACGGGCCCGAGUUUUUGUUUGGCCGACGAGACGAGAAGACAAAGCUCGCAACCUCAAGGUUGCCAAAUGAAGUUUACUCGGCUAUCCUCACGAUAGGAGGGCUGCGGCAAGGAGAAAAAUUCUGGGAGACAAUCGCCCAUUCUCCGCCUGAUACUUCAGGUCAUGAUUCUUCGGAAUGCACCGAAUGGUUCUUUGACAAGUCUAGUUUUAUAGCCUCCAGACGAAAUGUAGCCAAAGGGUACAACGCGAGGAGAGCAGCCGUUGACCAAUGGAUGUUGUUACUCGCUCCUGUUGCGAUGUAUAUAAGAGCAUGA